AUGACUCGCACACGCAGUCAGUCCACGUCCCGCGUGGCUCCCAGACAGCCCCCGGUAUGGCUGCGUCCAACUUCACCAAAAAGACCGCUGCCCGUGCUGGACAAGAUGCCCAGGGAGGUCGUCCGCGGUCAAGUGCUCGCGUUGCGAAAUGCUGGCCUCUCCUACAACAAGAUCGCCACCCAGCUUCACCUCCCACGUUCUACAGUGAUCAGCAUCACCCAACGUUUCUCGGGAAGGGCGACGACGAGCGACAGCCCCCGCCCCGGUCGCCCCAGCAAGCUCAAGUCAUUUCACCGCAACAACAUUGUAGCACAGAUCCUCCUCGAUGAGUCCGACACCGCACCCGAAGUGGCCGCCACUAUGCGCACAUUGUCCAAAGUUCGUGUCUCUCCAUGCACGAUAAGAAGGGUGCUGCAUGGUGCAGGACUUGUCAACGGAGCGAAGGUCAAAAAAGCCCUCUUGAAAGAGACACACAAAGAGCGACGCUUGGCCUUUGCACUCGCUCAUCAGCAUUGGACCGUCGAUGACUGGCUGAGGGUCGUCUUCUCCGACGAGACUGCUCUCUAUCUCUACAGGAACAACAACGGUGGUCGUGUAUGGCGUCUGGUUGGCGAAACGUUGACCGAUCGAUGCGUGCAGGGCACGGUCAAGUUCGGCGGUGGCCAUAUCAAUGUUUGGGGCGCCAUCUCUCGUUUCGGAAUUUCGCUUUUCUGCGAGGUCGGCGACGUCAUGAACGGCGACACCUACCUCUCAGUUUUGGAGAGCGAGUUGCUAGCAAGCAUUCGCGUGUGGAACAACAAAAACGAGAUGAUUUUCAUGCAUGACAAUGCCCCUUGUCACAAAAGAAAAGAUGUGGCGAAGUGGUUCGAAACCAAUCAGAUCACCGUCCUGGACUGGCCUGCGAACUCUCCCGACCUCAACCCCAUCGAAAAUGCGUGGAACAUGGUCAAGAACAAGAUCUACCAGGAGAGGGAGUAUCAAGAGCAAGGCCGCGUUGUGGGAACGCUUCCAAGCGGUCUACGAAGAAGUGCUCACGCCAGAGGUCUGCCGCGAUCUCAUUUCAUCGAUGCCGCGCCGCAUUCAAGCUGUGAUAGAUGCCAAUGGUGGUUAUACCAAGUACUGAAGUGGAGCGAAGGCGCUGCGACACGUUGUUUGUGUGCCAUGUAA